GGAAACAAUUAUUCCGAAUACACCCCCAGAUUACGCUAGUCUUUAUGAAAAAUGCUGGUCUACUGAACCAAACGAACGGCCGACGCUGAAUGAAAUUUUAUCAAAUCUUGAUAAAUUAUCAUUAGAAAGGACUAUUAAAUUCAUAACAAAUAAUGUUAAAGAUUCUAAGAACUUUCCAGAAACGACUUCUGAAAUAAUCACAAAUAGUAUUGAAGUCAGUUCUAGUUCAGACGACCUUAAGAAUUCAUCAACAAAAAUACAACAUCCAUCUAAAAUUCUCAUAAAUGAACUACGGAAUUUUUUUAAGAAAUAUUUUUUACUCACGGGCAUUACUUGGAUAUUGUGUCACUUGCAAUUG